CCUGUGCUUACCGUGUAGCCUUCCAUUGUUCUUUUCCUUCUCUCACUGUGAAUUGCCAUUUCGAGUCUCUCAUUACCUCGACUGUUGUUGAUCAUCCUCGCUGCCCUCUCUCACUCGCUUGGGAGGCAGUGCUGGCUUAUUCUUGCUCUUCUUUUCUCCUGUUGUUACUUCCAUUUUCAAGAUGCAGGGCCAUUCGUUUUCCCUGCUUGAAUUGUUUGUUUUCUUGUUGAUCACCAAUUUUGCGGCCGGCGCUUCGUCUGGAACAACGUCAUCUUUACCAACGACCAGUUCGACAUCGUGGCACCGCCCUUCCCCAACGACCUCGUGGUACAACGGCACAACAACUUCCAUCCGGAGCUCAUCGACCACGACGACAACCUCCGAAGCCCUAACCACUGUACUACCACAGUCGAUAUCAGAUAUAAUUUUUCCGACAGCUUUUCCCUUUCAAAAGCCCAUUCAUCCAUGGAACAUCCCUAGUGGCAGAUGGCGUCUUUCCCAGUCGCAGACAAAUGGCAAGGGACUUUUAGGCACGAUCCCGCUCGGUGGACAAGGGGGUGCACCCAGAUUUCCGGCCUUUGUUGGGGCUCCUGGCCCAAAGGGUGUCUAUACUGGCGGAUCAUCAGGCAGUGGUCCGUCUAGCAGUGGCUCGUCAGGUGGUGGCAGCAAUCCACCAAAGACGUUUCCUUGGGGGUCACGUACAGCAAACAACACCAAUCCCUACACCAACCCCCCCAAGACCGGCGUUGUUCGAAGCUACAACUUUGUCCUGGAGCGUGGAGUUCUAGCACCCGAUGGAGUUCAGCGCGAUGUCAUCCUCAUCAAUGGCCAGUUCCCCGGACCCACCAUCGAGGCCAACUGGGGUGAUACUAUCGAAGUCACCGUGACGAAUCUGAUCUCUGAACCCAAGGAGGGUACUUCUUUGCACUGGCAUGGUCUGCUGCAACAAGGCACUCCGUGGGAGGAUGGCGUUCCGGGCAUCACACAAUGUCCGAUCGCUCCAGGAGCCACGUUUACCUAUUCGUACUUGGCUGACCUAUACGGCACAUCGUGGUAUCAUGCCCACUACUCUGCACAAUAUGCGGCUGGGUUGUUUGGUGCCAUCAUCAUCCAUGGGCCUUCUAAUGCCAACUAUGACGUUGAUCUCGGACCAGUCCUGCUCACCGACUACUAUCACAGGGAAUACUACGACAUUGUGGAGGAAGUGAUGGGCACCGAUCUCAGCAAAGUCGCUCCCUAUUCCGACAACAACUUGAUCAAUGGAAAGGGCACGUUCGACUGUAAUCUCUUGGCGAAUGACACUACAUGCACCCCCAAUGCUGGAUAUGCCAAAUUCCAAUUCACAAAGGGCCAGAAAUACCGACUUCGCCUGAUCAAUGCCGGUGCUGAAGGUCUCCAGAAAUUCAGCAUCGACAAUCACCAGCUUACUGUCAUGGCUUACGACUUCGUGCCCAUCCAACCAUACACCACCGAGAUAGUCACGUUGGGAGUGGGCCAACGCGCGGACGUUAUCGUCGAAGCGACCGGUGGCGUCAAUGAUGCCGUCUGGAUGCGAAGUGUCAUCAGCAAUUGUUCUCUCGCCAAUCAACCCUAUGGCUAUGCGAUGGUGUAUUACCAGAACGCCAACACUGACUUUAAGCCCAACAGCACGGCGUGGACCGACACGACCGAUGCCUGUGCGAAUGACGAUCUCAGCAAGACGGUGCCAUACUACCAGAUCACGCCUCCGGGCACACCUGCCAAGGAGGUCACGGUGGACGUGAACUUUGGCGUCAACGCGACGGGUAGUCUCGUCUGGACCAUGAACAAUAGCACCUUCCGCACGUGCUACAACGAUCCGGCCCUGUUUCGGGCGCAAGAGCUCAUUACCUCGCCGAACAGCACGUUUGAGUAUCCCGACGAGUGGAACGUUUACGACAUGGGCGAGGCGAGCAGUAUCCGGGUCAUCGUCAACAAUCUGACUCCGGUGUCGCACCCGAUGCACCUGCACGGACACAACAUGCACGUGCUGGCCGAGGGCACGGGUACUUGGGACGGCACCGUGGUCAAUCCUAGUAAUCCUGCACGACGAGACACUCAACUUCUCCGCCCGGUCGACGCGAGUGGGAACCCCGGGUAUUUGGUGAUGCAGUUCGACGCGGAUAACCCUGGAAUGUGGCCUUUUCAUUGUCACAUCGCUUGGCAUGUCAGUGGUGGGUUGUAUAUCAAUAUUUUGGAACGACCAAAUGACAUUCCCACAAACACGCCCGGCGGAUUUAAUGACAUGUGUACGACUUGGGGUCAAUAUACGAGUCUCGGACCGAUUGAUCAAAUCGAUUCCGGGUUAUAGUGGUGACCGAUCGAUUAGUUUCCCCGGGAUUACCUCUCUCAGACGGCGUUUCUUGAUACGAAGAGCGAGGUAUAAUAAAUGAAUGAGA